AUGUCCGUUCCGCCUGCAAAACCUGAAUAUAUCCAGCGGGCCUUCAUUGAUCCCAUAUUUCCUGCCUUGACUGUUGGUGCUGUAUCAGGUGCAGCAGGUCUGAUUGGAGGAGGGUUCGGAGGACUUGUACUCUCAAAGCACCCAGUGCUUUUUGCGACUGCUGCUGGUCUGCAGUGUUUUGGCCUUGGCUCGACAUUCUGGUACGUUCGAAAUGUCGGCAUCGUAGCGUCCACCCAGAGCAAGCUCUCAAAUAGAGAAACUGUACUCCACAGUACCUUUGCUGGUAGUAUGGCCGGUGCUGUAAACGGCGCAAUCAGGUCAAGGUCAAAUGUCCUUCCAGGGGCAUUAAUGUACGGCAUCCUUGGCAUGCUGGGCCAGGGAGUGUACAACACCUUUCAGCGAGGUGGAGACGAGGUUGGAGACAGAGUGCCUUAUUCUCAACGGCUACUGGAUUCCCGUUGGGUCCCUCUCAAGCGCCUUUCAGAUGAAGACUAUGUGGAAAUGCUCAACGAAAAGACCAUCAAGAUUGAUGCCGAAAUUGCCAUCAUAGAUGACAAGAUCGCAGCCUUGCAGAAGAGCCGAACGAAGGGCGGUUAG